AUGCAGCGUUUGUACUGCCUAGUAGAAGCUAAGCAGCGAAGAAGUCAAGGGCGAGAUGGAUUUGUGGGUGAUAACAACGUAAGACGCUCAUCAGCCGAAGCAACAAACCUGCGUUUCAGACGGAAUAAACCUGAGAAAGAGGACAAACACAGUCCGAAUGAAGAGAAUGAAGUGAAAUUCUCUGCUGCUGAUACACAAAGCGAACUUUCGAAUCUAUCACCUCAAGAUCGCACCCAGCUAAUGGUUGAGAAUGAAAGGAUGUUCGACCGAUUUUCGCAUGUUCACGCUCAGAUAGAAGGCUUGGAAACGCAAAUCACAGAAAUCCAACGACUACAGGAGGCAUUUGCUGAAAAGGUUAUGGACCAAGAAAAGGAUAUCGAAAUUAUCAAUGAGCAAGCCUUACACACCUCCGAAAAUCUGAAAGAUGGUAAUGAAUGGAUACGUCAGGCAAUUAGCAACUCAGCUGGACGUCGUGUCGUGGUUUUAUUCUGCAUCAUUGUAAUAACCUUUACUCUUUUGUUCUUGGACUGGUAUAAUCCGUAA